CAGGCCAGAUUCUGGCCGUAUAUAACAGGCAGCGAGCGAGGCGAAGACACAGCUCCGACUGACAACGCAGCCGCCAUGAACACCAAGAUCAUCCUCGUGCUGGCCUUCGCCGCCGUCGCCGCCGCCGACAGGCCGAGCUUCUCCUACGGCGCCCCCAGGGUAGCAUCCAGGGAAUCCUUCGAGUCCUUCGAGUCCACUGAGGCCAAGUACGACUUCCAGUGGGCCGUCGACCACGACGACUCCGGCAACGACUUCGGACACCAGGAGGCUCGCGAUAACGACAACACUCAGGGAUCCUACUACGUGCACCUCCCCGACGGCCGCCUGCAGACCGUGAGGUACGUCGUGGACGGCGACAACGGAUACGUAGCCGACGUCAGCUACGAGGGCGAGGCUCGCUAUGACUCAGUCGAGUCCGGGAGGCUCGCAGACCCGUCUACUCAGCCCCCAGACCCGUCUACUCAGCCCCCAGAGCACGCGUCCCUGACUCACGUGAGUCCCUCGAGAGGCCCGCACCCAUCCCCGUCAGGUCUCGUCACUUCGACUCCCGCGAAUCCUUCGAGUUCCGCGGCUUCGACUCCCGCGAGUCCUUCGAGUCCUUCCACUCGGAUGAGGACGUCCGCAGACACUUCGGUUGAAAAUCCACAUCCUAUGACUAUCUAAAUUUCCACUGUAGCGAAUGUAUUUAUUAGCGUGAAUGUGUCAAAUAAAUCAUAAUGAGCAAC